GCGGGGGAAAAACACAGCGCUGUGUCCCUCCGCCGGUUUGGGACUACUUGUCCAGCGGCGAACUCACCAACCCUUAGGCUUUUUCUUAAAAGUGCUCUGUAGUAAAAAUAGGGAAGGAAGGGGAAGUAGUUCGGAGCCUAUGAGAUUUGGCAGGGGUCUUGUCUUUUCCUUUCCUGCCGUGUGGUUGAGAAGCAAGCGCUGAGGUGCGGAGGGUUUCGAAUGGCGGUUGGGUGAAGCGGCUCCUCCCGGUUUGUGGCGCCAGAAUUCGUCGGCGGCGGAGGAGCCUCGUCUGUGGCGGCCAAGGCCUCGUCCAGCUGUCAGGGCGACGCGACAGGAGGGCCAUGGUGAUGCUCCGAAGCGGCUCGGGCGGCCCUAGCCGUCCAGGCCCGGGCGGCGCUCCCGCCGGCAGCAGCAACUCAGGCGGCGGCCGGCGGAGCGCAACGCCGGCGUCGCCUUACGACGCGAUGGAGACGAGCUCCGAGUUUCUCUCAUUGGAGCUCCCGUCGGCUUCCUCGGCAGUGGCCGGCGGAGACAAGGCCCGGAGAGCCGUCGCGGAGUUUUCUUCAGAUAAAGAAUGUGAACAUUUACGUUCCUUAAGAUCUAUGAGGAAAAAUAAUCAACAUUAUUCAGACUCUAGUUUUGACAAAAGCGUGACAAUGCUGAGUGAGAAUGGUAUUAACAGGAAACAUUUUACAAGGCAGCUGGCUAGACAACAAGCAGAUAAAAAGAAUGAAGAUUGUGAAUACGGAACUGUAGUUCGUGUCACUAGGUCUUUGAAAACAGGAAUAAAUUCAAAGUCUGGUGAACAUGUUGCAGAAGAAAAUGGGGAUGUUGAAGUCCGCCGCAGUUGCAGAAUUAGGCGAAGCCGCUUUAGUACUAUGAACCAGUCCGUUUUGUUUGACAAGCUUAUUACAAACACUGCAGAAGCUGUACUACAAAAAAUGGAUGAUAUGAAGAAGAUGCGUCGGCGACGAAUGCUGGAUUUGGAAGAUCUUGGAGUGUUUAAUGAUGGAGAAGAGGAAAACCUUAAUGUGUACUCAAGAGGAAAACCAAAAAGAGCAAUCCAAAGGAUUGAUGAAGAAACCACUGAUAACCAAGAUGGAAGUGCAGAAUCUUCAGAAGAAGGUGAAGACCAUGAAGAUGGAGAAGAUAAUCAAAAGCGUUACGACCUUAGACAGCGGAAAACAGUUGUGCAUUAUCAGGCCUCACCAGAAAAACCAAGGCACCAGAGGAAGCCCAAAUUGUUUUAUCCUGAUGCUGCUUCUCCAGUGAGACGAAGAUUUUCCUUCAGCCCUGCGGGAUCAAGGAGUCCUUAUUGUAAGAAGAUUAACAGACGAAAGCAUGCAAUUCACAAUAGUGAUUCUACAUCUUCAUCUUCUUCUGAUGACGAGCAACGCUUUGAAAGGCGUAGGAAACGAAGUCGGAGCAAAGCAUUAAGCAGGUGCCUUCCACUAAACUUUAGGAAAGAUGAGUUGAAGGGAAUCCACAAGGAUCGAAUGAAAAUUGGAGCAAGCCUAGCUGAUGUCGAUCCAAUGCAAAUAGAUUCUUCAAUCCAGUUUGAUAGUGUGGGUGGACUAUCUAGCCAUAUUUCAGCUUUAAAGGAGAUGGUGGUUUUCCCACUACUUUAUCCAGAAGUGUUUGAGAGAUUCAAAAUUCAGCCUCCAAGGGGCUGCCUCUUCUAUGGUCCGCCGGGUACUGGAAAAACUCUUGUUGCCAGGGCACUUGCUAAUGAGUGUAGUAAAGGUGAUAGAAGAGUAGCAUUUUUCAUGAGAAAAGGUGCUGACUGCCUCAGUAAAUGGGUUGGAGAAUCUGAACGACAGCUUCGCUUAUUAUUUGAUCAGGCCUUUCAGAUGCGUCCUUCAAUUAUAUUCUUCGAUGAAAUAGAUGGUCUUGCUCCUGUACGAUCCAGUAGGCAAGAUCAAAUUCACAGUUCAAUCGUGUCUACAUUGCUUGCACUGAUGGAUGGCUUAGACAACAGAGGUGAGAUUGUGGUGAUUGGAGCUACCAAUAGAUUGGAUUCUAUAGAUCCUGCUUUGCGAAGGCCUGGACGUUUCGAUAGAGAGUUCCUUUUCACCUUGCCAGACAAAGAUGCAAGGAGAGAGAUCCUUAAAAUUCACACCCGAGAAUGGUCGCCUAAGCCAUCAGAGAUGUUCCUUGAAGAGUUAGCUGAAAAAAGUGUUGGGUACUGUGGAGCUGACAUUAAGUCCAUAUGUGCUGAAGCAGCUUUGUGUGCCUUGCGCCGACGUUAUCCUCAGAUUUACACCAGCAGUGUCAAGUUGCAGUUGGAUAUCUCUUCUAUUAACAUAACAGCUAAGGAUUUUGUGGUGGCUAUGCAAAAGACCAUACCUGCUUCUCAGAGGGCAGUGACCUCACCUGGCCAAGCGCUCUCCAACAUUUCCAAACCACUCCUUGAAAAUACACUUCAAAGAAUCCUGGAAGUCUUACAGAAUGUCUUUCCACAUGCAGAACUGGCACAGAAAGGGAAGUCAGAUUUUGCUGGUCAGGUAUUUGACAGUGACUUGCUGUACAGUGAUGAAGAGGAACUACCAGUUUCUGAAACUGGACCUUCUCAGAAAAUAUAUGAUAAACGAAAAGAAAUGUUCCUGAUUUUUAGCAGAAAUGCUUAUCACCAGCCAACCUCUUGCCGACCAAGACUUUUAAUAGCAGGAGAACCAGGAUUUGGACAAGCCUCUCACUUGGCUCCGGCAGUGAUACAUGCUUUGGAAAAGUUCGCUGUGUAUACACUAGACCUUUCCAUUCUCUUUGGAAUCAGUGCCAAAACACCUGAAGAAACAUGUGCGCAGUUAAUAUGUGAAGCCAAGAGAACAGCUCCAAGUAUAAUAUACAUUCCAAAUAUUCAUUUGUGGUGGGAGACAAUUGGGCAAACACUGCAAGCUACAUUUACUGCGCUGCUACAGAACAUUCCAUCUUUUGCUCCAAUUUUGCUCCUUGCAACAUCAGAUGUACAUCAUGCAUCUUUGCCAGAUGAGGUACAAGAAUUGUUUGACAAAGCGUAUGGAGAAGUUUUUGAUGUCUGCUUGCCUAGUGCUGACGAGAGAAGAAAGUUUUUUGAGAAUUUAAUUCUUCACCAAGCUGCUAAACAACCUGCAUCUAAAAAGAAAGCAGUUUUGCAGGCUCUAGAAGUGCUACCAGUAGCAGCAGCACCUGAACCACGACAACUAACAGAAGAGGAGGUCAAACAACUUGAGGGGCAAGAAGAAGAUACUUUACGUGAACUCAGAAUUUUCUUAAGAAACGUUACUCACAGGCUUGCUGUUGACAAACGUUUCAGAGCCUUUACAAAACCAGUUGACUUACAUGAGGUACCAGACUAUGUUACUGUUAUCAAACAACCAAUGGAUCUUUCAACAGUUAUUUCAAAAAUUGACCUUCACCAAUAUCUCUCUGCCAAAGACUAUCUAAAAGAUAUUGAUUUGAUCUGUAGCAAUGCAUUAGAAUAUAAUCCAGACAGAGACCCUGGAGAUCGCCUUAUCAGACACAGAGCCUGUUCUCUCAGAGAUACAGCAUAUGCAAUAAUUAAGGACGAAAUGGAUGAAGACUUUGAACAACUUUGUGAAGAAAUUCAAGAAUCUCGCAAAAAAAGAGGUUGCAGCUCCUCAAAAUAUGCUCCUUCUUACUAUUAUGUAAUGCCAAAGCAGAAUACCUCCUUGGAAUACAAGAAACUGGAUUCUGAAUUUGGUGAGAAACUGAAAAUCCAACCAGUGCCUCUGGAUUCUAGCUCUCCUUGUCCUUCUAAUGCCUUAUCAAAGAGAAAACUCAGAAGAAAGAGCCGGUGGUGCCAGGGUAACCUAGCAAAGCGGAAGAAGACUUCUCAUUUCAAUAAAGAGAACAAAGCUCCGGGAGAAGAGCAAGAUGAAGUAGAGAGUGAAGGAGAAGAAUGCAUUGGAAAUCAUGACUCCAGCAUGGAACAAACUGAAGUGGAAGAAUCUGAAGCUGUGCUUCCAGACCAGCACACAAAUAGCUCUGAAAACAAAUCUGAUACAGAGAAUGGGAGUGACCAGUCUGCCAGUAAUGGUGCUAAGUGUAGAUCUGAGGAGAACAACAAGGUUACUAACUGUUCAGAGCAAAACAGAGGAUGUAAUGGAGAUCUAACAGAGAAUUCUUUAAAUAAGGAUAUCAAUGAUGUAUGUAUGCUUCGCAUGACUCGUGCAAGGCGUUCUCAAGUGGAACAGCAACAUCUCAUUAGUGUUGAGAAAGCUAUGGAGAUUCUUUCAGAGCAGACACCACCACUCAUUGUUGACCAUGGAAAACUUAAUGAAUUGCUGAAAACUGUUACUGAGAAAAGUAGGAACUACACUAUACUUCAGUUGGAAAAACUUUAUGCCUUGCUCAGCCAGUGUAUUUAUCGACAUCGCAAGGACUAUGACAAAACCAAAUUGUUGCAGGAAAUGACAAGAGAAAUAGCAGCCUUUACCUAAAUCUGCUAAUGAAAUCUUCUUGUUUGAAAUGUUAUCCCCUAUUAAUUUGGGAUCAAAUACCUGCAUAUAACGAAGCCUAAAUGUUCUUGAUUCAACUCAAUAUGGAUGUAAAAGCCAUAGACAUUGAACAAGCUGGAUGAAAGAACUAAAGAAUGCAAGUGAUCUGUCCACCCUAACAGUCUUCAUACAAUAUGCUUGGGGUUUUUUUCUUCUCUUUGAAAAUAAGUUUGUAACUUUGUGGUGCUAAUGUGUGUUCUUUAAAGAAAGAAGUUUGGUGGAAGUUUUCAUUAAAGUUUUGAAAAUAUCUACACACAUUACACCACUUUUCUCUGUAAAAUGAAUACAUGCUAAUUUAUGUCAAAAUGUUUUUCAAUUAAAUCAUGUAUAUAUGUUGAACCGCUAUUAAAAAAAUAUAUAGUUGGUGUUCUAAAAUCUCACAUGGGUUUUAAACGAGUGAUGGGACAUUCUAGUAUUCUUAUUUCCUCAAGUUUUUAACACAAUCUAUAUUUCUAUCACUGCACUAAUUCUCGUGUUAAUACAAUCUGUAAUCUCAUGUUGUAUAAUAUAUGAAUAUGUUAAAUCUUAAUGGACAAAAUAAAUUUCUGUACUCUUU